UCUACUCUUCUGUGCUUUGAAAGCAUUCGCUCAUGUUAUCACAUGGGGUUCGUUAGCUUGGGCAUCCUUGCGGUGUCUCGAGGUCCUACUAUGUAAGGUCGCUGUGGAAGAACCACCAGUCGUGAGGUCUGUGGUGCCGAUCUUGGGCCAUGCGAUGAGGCUAUUCAGGCAAGGUGUGACAUACUACGAGGAUUUGAGGAAGCAAACCAACCUUCCAAUUCUGACAACCUUUUUGGUGACGCAAAAGGUGUAUGUCGUGAAUUCGCCAGAGCUUAUCAGCCAGAUUCAUCGCCAGGGUAAAAGAGUUGAUGGUACUUUGCCUUUCCUUUACGUUGUCUGCGGCAAAUUCUUCGGCAUGCAUGGCGAGGAUCUGGCCGGUUUGAUGCGAAAUGCAACUACGAUCAACUCCCUGCGGUAUGACCUGAAAACUAUGGAGCACACUGCGUUAGAGGUUGGGACAGCUUCUUCAAUUGAAAUCUACAGAAACAUAUGUUGUGAACUUGCUGAUAUCCUCAAUAACGUGGCCUCGCAAGGUCCUGAGAAGGUGAGUCUACAGCGUUGGUUACAGAAAACCUUUACCUUGGCCACGGGACGUGGCAUCUUUGGGCGUGGCAAUCCGUUAGACCGGUCUGAAGAUCUGGUGGAUUGUGUCUGGGCUAUGGAAAACGGGCUCAAAGAACUCACUAUGUUACCGUUCCAAUCGAUCACAGCACGAAAGGCAGUGGCAGCCCGUGAGCGUCUGGUUCAGGCAUUUAUGAAUGAUAAUGUUGGAGACUUUACUACAUCCGAUGGCGCCCCCAUCCUAUUGUUCCGGAAGUUCAAUAGCCUGGCAAACCAUCACGGUGUAACCGCUGAGUUCAGGGCGAGGUAUGCUGUUGGUAUCUUCACCGGCUUCGUUAUAAACACAAUGCCGGCUGCUUUUUGGAUCAUCAGCCUUCUGUUGGAAAACAAGGACCUAGCCGAGAGGAUAAGGCUCGAGGUCAGGGACGUGGUCACUAUUGUGGGUCCAGAUGAGUUCACAUUGGAUCCUGCUUCUCUAAGAGUGCAGUGUCGAUUGCUCCACUCGACGUGCCGGGAGGUUCUCCGCUACAUUAGCUCGUCCAUAAGCAGUUUCCUCGUGAACGACAACAUUCACCUUGACGAUGGGCUCAUUCUCAAGAAGGGAGCCCUUAUUCAGAUUGCGGCUACUGCAAUACACCCGAACACGGCUAUUUGGGGUCCAACUGCCACCAAACUAGAUCCGGAAAGGUUUCUGAGACAAGAGAAAGUACACCCCUCCGCGAACAGAGUUUUUGGGGGUGGAAGUUCUAUGUGUCCUGGCAGGCAUCUUGCUCUCGAUGAGCUGCUCACAUUCACCGCAAUGUUUGCCCUCUCUUUCGCAAUCAGUCGGUCGCCGAUCUCCACACCAUUUCCCGGACAAAAGCGAGGGUCCAUGCUCUCGGUCAAAAAGCCAGACUCGGAUGUGCAGAUUCAUAUUGCUCGCCGAGCUGACAACUCCAUGAGGUGGAAAUUUUCAGACGCGUCUUGAAAUACGAAGACUAUCUCAGACAGCAAGUCGUAAGCUUCUCCAGAAUAGCGGUUUGAUAGAACAGUAUCGAAAUCAACGAGCGAUUCAUUCUGCAAA